AUGAAUCUCCGGGUAUCAGAUGAAAAAGAAGAGCUUCAGGUUGGAGGACUCCAGCGGACGGCAGUAAACUCUCGAGCCUACGCGACUGGACCGUUUAGAGAAGCCACUUUCUUUCUACUAUUACCGCUUCGCGCAACAGUUGAAGAUUCCAAUUCCCUUGGACCAAGAGCGUUUUCGAGACACGUUUUGAUGGAAAAUCCAAGUUUCGACUCCAGUGGCAAGACUCUUCAAGAAAGGAUUUCUUCCAAGACGCUGAAGAAGCACAUCCCACGUAGAGAAGCGGUUCACAAGUCCUUAUCUACCGUUGUCUUGGAAAUGUUGGUGUCCUCCGCUAUCCCGUACGCACUACAUAGAAGAUUUCCAGCGAGAACAGUCUUCAUGACGUCCGAAUCCGUCGUUACCGGGCACCCGCAGUGA